UUUUUUGUACUUGUUCAAAUUUAAAUUUAAACUCCCGCGCUUUUCGAAAUAGUUUCUGAUUCGAUAAAUCGCAACGCUCGUUCGAGUUCGAGUCUACUGCGAGACUGCGUGACUGCGUACACCAGAGUUCGAUCGAAUAUCGGGAUUGCAGCCAUGUUGAGAUAAUUCUGCGAUUCUUAUUUCUUGUUUCGAUAUGUCGAUUGAAAAUAUCUGUUCAAUAUCUGCUUUGAAGUAUCGGAAUUGAUAGGAAUGUUAUAAACUGCGGUAAAAUUUAAAGCUGCCGGUCAACGGGUAGUUGAUUCAUAAUAAAACUAUUUAAUUCAUAGUUAAUUUGUUUGGUUGUUUCAAGUUUGAUUUUCAUUGAAAAUGGUCAAAGAAAAAGAGACAUUGAUUUACGAUAAGCUCGUAGUGCCUUCAAGCAUGCGAAGUAUCUAUUGGAAAGGUUAUGGAUUUCCUGCGGAUGCACAAGGUGAAAUAAUCGAUAAGGAAAAGCUUGUGUGCACAAUAUGCAAAUCUGUCAUCAAGUACAAUAGGAACACCAGUAAUUUGCGCGCGCAUCUAGUAAAUAAACACAUUGAGUAUGUACGUAAACUGGAGGAAGGGCAACCACCGGCACCUUCACCAAGCUCUUCUAAAGCCACUGAUAAGCCAAAAAAGAAAAACUACAAGAAAAAAAUUCCAGUAAAUCGAGUGAUGUUUUGUGCUGACGCAAUACUGGACAGCAGUAAUGCAGCAGAAAAGACUAGCAUUCAAAAGUUUUUCGAGAUGGAAGAACAUGAGCAAUCGACGAAUGAAGGAGAAAUUCCGGCUUUAGAAGUGGAUAUAGCUGAGUCAUCAUCUGUCAGUGAAGUUACAUAUCUAUUGAACAGUACCUUGGACACUGAAAUUGGCAAAGACAAAGUAGGUAAUGCAGUUAUCGACUUUAUAAUAUCUGAUCUGCAACUUCCUGAUAUACUGGAGGCAGUGGGAUUCCAGAGAAUGUUGGCCUCAUUGCACUCUCCUUGCCUUAUUCCUAGUAAGGAGCGAUUCCUCCAAGAAACUCUUCCGUUGCUCCUCAAAACACACAAGGACGAUUUAAAAGCAUCACUAAGCUCAUGCUCUAUGUACUCACUCACUAUUGAGGAAUGGAAAUCUGAUGUUUGUGGAACCCAUGUUACUUUUUCAGUGCAAUUCUUGGAUAAAUCUCCGGAAAAUGGAUUAAAGAGGAAAGUAUUGUCGACCAUUCACUCCUCUUUGAUAUAUGAUUACAAAUCGUUUUCGGAAGUGAUCGAAGAUAUUCUACAAGAGUUUGGAUUGAGCAUGGAGAACAUCAGAGCCGUAGUGUGCACCACCCAUGACCCCGUCAUCCUGUCUUAUCUGUCGUUCCGGGGCUAUACGGUGGUGCCGUGUCUUCUCACAACAAUUCAGAAAGUGUUGACUGCUGAUUGCUUCUCAAAUCGGAAAGUACAGGAUGUUUUGAUAAAAACAAGAGCAUUGCUUGGUCAAAUCUACAAAAACAGCAAGGCAGCUGGAAGUCUUCAAAUACAGGACGAACUACUUCAGCUCGAUGAAAUAAGGCUCACUUCAGAUUAUCCAGAUGUAUGGAUAUCAACGUAUUCAAUGUUGGAGGAGCUGUUGAAGCGAAGAUCUAUAGUAGGUAGCAUCCUGGAAGCAAUUACAAUAUCCGAUGAAGACAAACUGCUACUUACCUACACUGAUGAAGAAUGGGAAAUUAUUUCUGAAGUAAUAGCCGUUUUGGAACCUUUCAAGGUGGUUCUGACCACAUUAGCUGAAGAGAAGUCAGCUCUUGUGUCAAUCGUCAAACCUCUAUUGAACGAGUUGUUGAAUGUUCGACUGGAGGUUUCAAAAACUGAUUCUGAAUUCGCAGCAUCGCUGAAAAAUGAGAUUGCUAAUUCGCUGAGAGAAUUCUACUCAGACGAAUCAGUCGAAUCUUUGCUUAAGAUUUCAACUGUUCUUGAUCCACGACUAAAGACGAUGGUUCUAACCGAUGAUAAAAAAAGUAAUGCAGAUUUGGUUGGAGAAGUGAAGAAGGAACUCAUCAAAGUAAUGGAUGUAAUCGGCUGCUCAAAUGAAGAUCAAGAAGUUGGUGUAGCGAAAAAACCUCGGCUAUCUGGGAUGGAAAUUCUUCUGCGUAACGUGUGCGUGAAAAACCAGCCGCUGUCGAAGGCUGACCGAGCUGACAUCGAGAUGAUGCAAUACGAGAGUGAACCGCCCGCCAACCUGGAAGGCUGCCCGCUCGCCUGGUGGCACAACUCGGCCAACAAAUACCCCUACCUUUCGGCGCUCUCCAAAGAAUACAACACCAUUCCCGCCACAGUUCUGCCGCAGUCCUGGAUCCCCAUGGAACAGAGUGUUGCCUUCUACUUGAAGCGAGCCAGGAUACCGCUCGAUCUCGUCGAUCCUAUACUCUUCCUGCACAGUAACUAUGUCCCCAGUCAUUGUUGAACUAUAAAUGCUAUAAAUUCUUACUGUUCCUGCACAGUAACUAUGUCCCCAGUGAUUGUUGAAAAAUUAAUGUAACAAAAUAAAAUAACCUAAUAUUUUUACUGUGCUCAUCUAUUAUAAUUUUAGUUUUACAUUAAUACGUUUUGUACCACUAUGGGUCUUGUUAGACUCAGUGGAAAUUGUCAUAUUGUAUAAAUAAAUAAAAUCUUUGUAUGUUUACUAAGUGAUAUACAUCCAAUAAUAUGAUUUCAUUGAUGCAAUACAAUAAUACCACUCAAUGCUCUUACUGCUUUGCCAAAGUGUUUGAAUGAAAUGUAUUGCAAAAACUAUAUUGGAUGUUAAUCAUGGUAUAUUCUUAUAUGAUUGUUAAUUGGUUAUAGUAUGACUAUUGCGUAACUUUACAUUUAUGCAAUAUAGUGUCUUGUUUGCUGCAGCACAAAAAUUCUUGAUAAAUUGUUGAUUGUAAAAUUUAGGUUGUCACAUUAACCGCAGUGUAGUCCGACCCACUUGAAGAUGUUAGCAUUGGUUGAGGGAAUAAUCUCCUCCAGUUUAUCGUGAUUAGCAUUGAACAUUGCAACCAGCACCAAACAUUUUUGUUGUGACUGUGGAACAGUCAUCUCGAGUGUCUUUGAUUUUAGAUAUAUUUUAAGUGUAACUCUCUUUUCGUUCGAGCAUGUGUAGGUUGUAUCAAUCCAUCAAGAAAAAAUCGCAUUCAGAUUUUUUGUAUAGUACAGAUUUGGCCCAGAAAGGCUUUAUUUAAGUCACCUAUUUAACAAAAAAUGUGAUUUGAAUUUAAUAAUCCUUCUGCUGUUGUGAUUUGCAUUCAUUUUAAUUUGUGUGAAUGUUCAUUUUUGAUGAUGAGUUUGAACAAUUCUUAUGAGGAAGUCUAGCCUACUCCGCAUAAGAAAUGUUCAAAUACAAGUAUUAUACUAUAGUUACUCAUAGUUGUUGAGUAAGUAUAUUAAGUUUACAAUUUGUCCUAAAGUGGUGAUGUAUAGCAUGAAUGAUUCUUCAUCAUUUACAUUCUAAAAUUAAACUGAAUUCAUAUGAUUUAUUAAUUAUAUUUUCAUCUAAUCUUAUUUAUGUCUUUAUUAUUAUUAUGACGAUGAAGUUUUUGUUUGGAGAUUUUACUGUAUUAUAUUGUUCAAAAGUUUACUCAAAUCAAUAUUCUCAUAUUAUUUUGUAAAUAUAAAACGGAUUGAGUCGUAUUUAUCAAAUUGUGCAUUCUUGACCAAAUAUACUUUGAAAA